AUGUCUUUGAAAUCGUAUACAUUCACACAUAGCAAAUGGAAUAAUCAAGUCAGCGAAUUCUGCCGUCGUCAUGUCUCCAUUAAUAAGUCAUUACUUUCUUUCAUGAACCGAAUUUUAUUGAAUAGUAGUCUUACACAAGAUAUAACUUUUUUUUGUGAUAAGAAAAAGAGUUUUUAUGAAAAAACAGCAAAAGGCAAACUGAUAACGGGGCAUGCCACGAACAAACAUUAA